CCCUACCCCCCUGAUAUUUAAGCCAAACGCGUGCUCUCUGCUCCUCUAAAGCCUUCUUAAGUUCUUAACUACCACCUACCUCUCUCUCUCUCUCUCUCUCAAUAUGUUCGAAUAUAUGUUCGCUUCAACAUACCGGUUUCGUUUGGGAAUCUCCUAAAUCGAUUGGUUGAAUCUCUGUUUUCUCUCAGAAGCUAACCAGGAAAGCGCGGUUUCAAGAAUAAUUAGUUCGUUCUACGCUCUGGAGCACGAAUUUCCUAAUUUGGCAUCAAUACAAUCUGCGAAUCUCUCUCUUCUUGUGAUUCGAAUCGUUUUUUCUUCCAUGUGACUGAAUCUAAGUUUCAUCAUCUCAGACACGAGGUGUAUAUACGUAUAUAUUUGUGUACACGUGAUCCGAUCCGAUUUGAUUUGGUGCCUGGAACCGUAGCGAGUCGACUGAGUGGAUGGCGUCGGCUCUGAUCUCGAAUCCUGUGACGAACUCGGACAGAGCACGCGAGUCGUUGAAGAGAAGAAAGAAGAAGAAGCAACUGCAAGCCACCAGAGAUCAAGCACAGAGUCCAAACGGAGGCGGAACUCAGUGGAAGUCCGAAGCGCAACAGCAAGUAUACUCUUCUAAGCUCCUCCAAGCCCUUCGUCAGGUACCGCUGAGCUCUUCUUCAUCGUCGUCUCCGCGGCGGGGCCGAGCCGUACGUGAAGCCGCCGACCGGGUUCUGGCUGCUACUGCCAAGGGAAGGACCAGGUGGAGCCGCGCCAUCCUCACCAACCGGCUCAAGCUCAAGUUCAUGAAGAACAAGCGGCGGAGGGUGGUGGCGGCGGCGGCCACAGGCAACCAUCGGCCGAGGAAGCCGAGAGUUAAUGUGCUGCGGUUGAAGUCGAAGAACUUACCGGCUGUGCAGCGGAAGGUUCGCGUUCUCGGCCGCUUAGUUCCCGGUUGCCGGAAAGAACCCUUACCCGUGAUCCUAGAAGAAGCAAGCGAUUACAUCGCUGCUCUGCAGAUGCAGAUUAAAGCCAUGACGGCCCUCGCCGAGCUGUUCUCCGGCUCGACUCGGCUUCCACCGAGUUGAUUUACUUUGCUGCACUUAUUUCCGAAUUCUCAUUUGUUCUCUUAAUUAUUAGUUAUUAGCAGCCUCCCACGCUUUCCCAAGCGUUGCUCUGUUAAAUACAAUAUCUUUCUAUUUUACUUUCUUUUCAUAUGGUAAA